GCUGCCUAGGCAAGUUCAUUGAUCGUCGAAACGUCGGUGAUAGUGGUUGCAACAUGGCAGCAGGUUCUUUCUUCCUACAAAACUUGUUGCGUUCAAAGUAUUUCGGGCUGUUUCUUUGUUUCGCGCUUAUUCAUGGACAGCCAGGAUUUGCCCAAGUCGAUGGGGAAAUUGAAACUUUUGAUCUUCUCAUGCCAAAUGUGCUGCCCAAAAAGGCUGAAACAUAUUUUUGCACUCCGAUCCGGAUUGACUCCGACACGGAUUACUAUAUAGUUGGAUUCGUUCCAAAUGCAACUAUGGAGACUGCCCAUCACAUGCUGCUGUAUGGUUGCGAAGAACCUGGAAGUGAUGAAGAAGUUUGGAAUUGCGGCGAAAUGGCAGUCAAAGAUCCUUCAUUGAAAUCAGCGGAACCCUGCAAAAAAGGCGCUCAAGUUAUUUACGCUUGGGCUCACGAUGCACCGCCAUUGCAGUUGCCCCCUGGAGUAGGCUUUCACGUUGGCGGACGAUCUAAAAUUCAAUACAUCACGUUGCAAGUGCAUUAUGCAAGCGUCGAGCGGUUUGCUGAUGGCACGAGAGAUGAUUCUGGCGUCUUUUUAAAAUACACCACUAUACGUCAACCGAAAUCUGCUGGUGUACUUCUGAUGGGAACUGGCGGACGGAUUUCAGCCAACAGUGUCGAAUACAUGGAAACUGCCUGCAAGAUUAACGAAGAUAAAGUCAUUUAUCCAUUCGCUUUUCGAACCCACACGCACGCACUAGGACGAGUUGUGUCCGGAUACAAAGUGAGCAGAGUCAAUCGCAAAGAUCAAUGGAAACUAAUUGGAAAACAGGAUCCACAGCUUCCUCAAAUGUUUUAUCCCGUCGCUAAUAAUCUGACGUUGACGAAAGGAGAUACAGUGGCCGCUCGAUGCACGAUGGUCAGCAAUCGAAAUUGGGUAACGCGAAUUGGUUUGACCAGUGAUGAUGAGAUGUGUAACUUCUAUAUCUUAUACUGGACUGAGGGUGGCGAAGUAUUGAAUACCAAGCAUUGCUUCUCCAUGGGGCCGCCUAUUUAUAACUGGUCCCGUAAUCGACUGAAUAGUAUUCCUGACGAUGCAUCAACACUUUGAUUGGCGAUUGCUAAAGCCAGACAAAAUUACAGAAGAAGACAUUUUCGAUAAAAGUUCUGUUGGACGACGACACUCUUUUCUUUUUAUUGGCAUUGUUUUAAAAUCAAUGGCAUAUAGCCAUUGAUUUAGCGAAAAACGUCACAAGACUUGCAGCUCUCUGAAUCGAUCAUUGCUUAAACUGUGCAUCCCUUUUAUCUUUCUGAAUUGUGUGUCCUGCAUUUUUGUGCUUUUUCUGUGCAAUUGGUUUUUCUUUGUUCGGUUCAGUUAUUUAUGUUUGUUGUUUUUAUUCUUAUGCAAAAGUAUCACAUUUUUCGAUUUA